GGAAGCUGCUGCGGGGGCGAUGGCUGCGCCGAGCCCCGGGCCCCGCGAGGUCCUGGCCCCCUCCCCUGAGACUGGAUGCAGAGCAGUCACCUCCAGCCGCCGGGGGCUUCUCUGGCGCCUCCGAGAUAAGCAGUCUCGCCUGGGCCUGUUUGAGAUCAGCCCGGGGCAUGAACUGCAUGGGAUGACGUGCAUGAUGCAGGCAGGGCUGUGGGCUGCCACCCAGGUCUCCAUGGACCACCCACCCACGGGGCCACCCUCCCAGGACGAUUUCUCGGAGGUCCUAACCCAGGUUCAUGAGGGCUUCGAGCUGGGCACGCUGGCCGGCCCCGCCUUUGCCUGGCUGCGCCGCUCCCUGGGCCUGGUGGAGGAGGACUAUCAGGCUGCCCUGGGCCCCGGCGGCCCCUACUUGCAGUUCCUCAGCACCUCCAAGAGCAAGGCCAGCUUCUUCCUGUCCCACGACCAGCGCUUCUUCCUGAAGACCCAGGGGCGCCGAGAGGUGCAGGCUCUGCUCGCCCACCUGCCCCGCUACGUGCAGCACCUGCAGCGGCACCCGCACUCGCUGCUGGCGCGGUUGCUGGGAGUGCACAGUCUGCGGGUGGACCGGGGAAAGAAGACGUACUUCAUCGUCAUGCAGAGCGUCUUCUACCCCGCCGGCCGCAUCUCCGAGAGGUAUGACAUCAAAGGCUGCGAGGUGAGCCGCUGGGUGGAUCCCGCCCCUGAGGGCAGCCCCAUUGUUCUGGUGCUGAAGGACCUCAACUUUCAGGGCAAGACCAUCAACCUGGGGUUGGGCCUACGAGCAAAGAAACUUGAAGAAUGA